AGGAAAGAUAGAGUUGCCAAUGCCAAAGAGAUAUCAAGAUAGAGAAACCAGUCCUGAAAGAACCAUGGUUUGGGUUGAAAGAAAAUCAAACAAGGAACAGAAAGUUCCUGUCGUUUACUCCCUCUCACGCAAUGGUCAGCUUGAGCAUCCUCAUUUCCUAGAAGUGCCUCUUUCUUCUCCCCAAGGACUCUUUCUCAAAGAUGUUAUAAAUAGACUGAACAGCCUCCGAGGUGCAGGCAUGGCGAACAGGUAUUCCUGGUCUUCAAAGAGGUGCUUCAAGAAUGGAUAUGUGUGGCAAGAUUUAUCCGAAAACGACUUCAUAUACCCUUCCCAUGGCCGUGAAUACAUUCUCAAGGGAUCACUACUCCUAGAAACUUCUUUAAGCUUUCGAUCCUAUGAAACAGUUUCUUCAACUUCAUCAGUCUCCAAAAUUUUCUCAGAAACAAACAGUUCAGGUGAAGACUCCAAUGUUCGAGCCAAAAAUAGAAGGAAAAACCAUUCAUGGAGUGAAUUCAAGGAGCUUAAUGAACCCAAAAUCUACGAGGCCAGAACCAGCAGAGAAUUUAGAAGCAAAAUCAACAGUGCGUCAACACAGAUAGAUGAUAAUGCAAGGCAAAGAAGAGUUAAGGAUGAAGGAGCUGAAGAACAUGAAAGGGAAGGCAAUCGAGGCAUUAUAGAACUGAAUGGACAGCAGCCUUCUCGACCUUCUUCAAAUUCAAGUUCAGAAGUUCUAGGAAGUCUGAACAUCUCAGCAGAUAUUAGAGAUCAAAAUGUCGAAAACGAUCGCCCAAGUGGAAGGAUCAAAGCAUCUGCAGUUCUAAUGCAGUUGAUGGCUUGUGGAUCAAGAAGGGCUAAGGAUUAUGAGUCAAUGGAAAUCAAGGAUUGACCAUGUUUUAUGAAUGAGGAGAAUUAGUCAUAUUCCAAGAUACCAUGGCAAAAGUCUUUCAGAAGUUCAUGAAGAUGAAAAUAUGUUACCGAUCAUCAUCUUCCAUCUACUUCAAUGUUAAGUUACUAAAAGUUGAAAAAAAAAUAAAUAAAAGAUUCAAGACAAUAACUAGGAUAGACUAUAUGCUAGCAAUUUAUAUUUCAU